UUCUUGCGGCAGCGACGUGAUUUACGGCUGCCUGUCGUAGCGCGUCUUUGGGCUCGAAUGCCGGGGCGGGAGUCUCAGCGGGACCGCUCCUGCUGCUGGUCCGCGGGCCGGGAUGACCCAGUCGGUGGUCGUACAGGUCGGACAGUGCGGAAACCAGAUCGGCUGCUGCUUCUGGGACCUGGCACUGAGGGAGCACGCCGCGGUCAACCAGAAAGGAAUUUAUGACGAUGCACUCAGCAGUUUCUUCAGGAACGUGGAUACCAGAGUGGGUGGUGAUGGCAGCAGUAUUUCCAAAGGAAGAAUAUCCUCUUUAAAAGCACGAGCAGUUUUGAUUGACAUGGAAGAAGGAGUAGUUAAUGAAAUUCUCCAGGGACCGCUGAGAGAUGUGUUUGAUAGCAAGCAGCUCAUCACUGAUAUUUCUGGCUCGGGAAACAAUUGGGCUGUGGGUCACAAGGUUUUUGGAAGUCUUUACCGGGAACAGAUUCUAGAGAAGCUCCGCAAGUCAGCAGAGCAGUGUGACUGUUUGCAGUGUUUCUUCGUCAUACACUCCAUGGGAGGAGGAACAGGAUCUGGACUUGGCACGUUUCUGCUAAAGGUGCUCGAAGAUGAAUUCCCAGAUGUGUACAGAUUUGUGACAGCGGUUUAUCCUUCGAGUGAGGACGAUGUCAUCACCUCGCCUUACAACAGCAUGCUGGCCAUGAAGGAACUGAAUGAGCACGCAGACUGUGUGCUGCCCAUUGACAACCAAUCUUUAUUUGACAUCAUUAGCAAAAUUGAUCUUGUAACUUCUGGCAAGUUGGGUGCAGCUGUGAAGCCUAAGAGUCUAGUUACCACGAAUAUGGGGACUGUUACAAAGUGCCCCAAGAAGCCUUUUGACGCAAUGAACAACAUUGUGGCCAAUCUGCUCCUCAGCCUGACAAGCUCUGCAAGAUUUGAGGGAUCCCUUAAUAUGGACUUGAAUGAGAUCAGUAUGAACUUGGUUCCUUUCCCUCAGCUUCAUUAUCUUGUGUCAAGCCUUACACCUCUGUACACUCUGGCAGAUGUGAACAUUCCCCCUCGAAGAUUGGACCAGAUGUUUUCGGAUGCCUUUAGUAAAAAUCACCAGCUCAUCCAAGCAGACCCCAGACAUAGUCUCUACCUCGCCUGUGCCCUCAUCGUUAGAGGAAACGUACAGAUUUCAGAUCUUCGCAGAAAUAUUGAAAGGUUGAAACCUGCUCUGCAUUUUGUCUCCUGGAAUCAAGAAGGCUGGAAGACUAGCCUGUGUUCAGUGCCACCUGUAGGUCACUCCCAUUCGUUAUUAGCCUUAGCAAACAACACGUGUGUGAAGCCCACCUUCAUGGAACUGAGAGAAAGGUUCAUGAGGCUCUACAGGAAAAAGGCUCACCUCCAUCAUUAUCUUCAAGUUGACGGGAUGGAGGAAUGUGCUUUUGCAGAAGCUGUGUCCUCUCUGUCAGCUCUCAUACAGGAGUAUGAUGAACUUGAUGCCACAAAGAGCAUGCCUGUGCUGGAUGUGCCUCGGCUAAGCGUGGCCUUGUGAAAGAAGCAGCUAAACAUGCACUGUUACUUGCUCUGACUCACAUUCGUUUUUCCCCUUUGUCUUUCACACUGUCUAUGAUUCAGAAAGUCCAGUUUGUUUUUCACAGUGUCAGGAAGUCAGGAAGUAUUUUAUCUAAAACAACAGCUUCUGUUUUGUUAAUAUAUACAUUAACAAAAUAUAAUAAAAAUAAUAUAUAUUUUA